CCCAAAUUCUAUAAAAAUCUAUGGUUCUUAUUUCAUGUAUUCACACUUGUACUUCCUUUUAUUUCAUUGUUACAUUCUGUACACUUUGCUUCACCAAUUACAAACAGAGAAAUGGAAUGGGUUUCAGGCAUAAUUCUCAUCAUUGGUUUGAUAUGGUCUUGGAAGGUGCUGAAUUUGUUAUGGUUGAAGCCAAAGAAGCUAGAGAAGCUCUUAAGAGAACAAGGACUUAAAGGGAAUCAAUAUAGGCUUUUAGUUGGAGACAUGAAGGAGUAUUUUAACAUGGAAAAGGAAGCCAAAUCCAAAUCUAUGAACCUCUCCGAUGAUAUCACGCCACGUGUCAUUCCCUACUACAAUGAAAGUGUUAGAAUUCAUGGAAAGAAUUCUUUUAUUUGGUUUGGAAUAAAACCAAGGUUAACUCUCACAGAACCUGAGCAAAUAAAAGAUGUAUUGAACAAAAUGUCUGACUUCCCAAAGACUAACUAUAAGAUUUUCAAGUUACUAGCUAGUGGUCUUGCUAGUUAUGGGGGAGAAAAAUGGAGCAAGCAUAGAAGGCUAAUCAACCCUGCUUUCCAUUUAGAACAAUUGAAGAUUAUGACCCCGGCUUUCUUCACAAGUUGCAAUGAUAUGAUUAGCAAAUGGGAGGAAAUGUUGUCUUCAGAUGGAUCAUGUGAAAUAGACGUAUGGCCUUCCCUGCAGAAUUUGGCAAGUGAUGCUAUUUCUCGAACUGCGUUUGGAAGUAGUUAUGAAGAAGGAAAAAGAAUAUUUCAACUUCAAAGAGAGCAAGCUGAACUUAUAACAACAGUUGUUAUGAAAUCUACAAUCCCUUUAUGGAUGUUUCUGCCUAUAUUUGUGCAUAGGAAGAUGAAUGAAAUUGACAAAGAAAUAACCUCUUCGCUUAAAGAUAUGAUUAACAAGAGGGAGAAAGAAUUAAAGGCUGGUGAAUCCACUAAGAAUGACUUAUUGAGUAUUCUUCUUGAAUCAAAUCAUAAGGAAAUUGAAAAUAACAACAACAAUAAGAGUGUUGGAAUGAGUCUUGAUCAUGUAGUCGAGGAAUGCAAGUUGUUCCAUUUUGCAGGGCAAGAAACUACUUCGGUUUUGCUUGUUUGGACAAUGAUAUUGUUGAGUAGGUACCCUGAUUGGCAAACACGUGCUAGGGAGGAAGUGUUACAUGUCUUUGGCAACAAAAAACCAGAUUUUGAUGGGCUAAAUAACCUAAAGAUUGUCACCAUGAUUUUGUAUGAGGUUCUUAGAUUAUACCCUCCAGUAAUGGGACUUGCUAGAAAUGUUGUGAAAGAUAUGAAACUUGGAAACCUGACAUUACCUGCUGGAGUGGAGGUUUUCUUACCAAUUCUUUUGAUUCAUCAUGACUGCAAACUAUGGGGCGAUGAUGCUAAAAUGUUCAAUCCUGAGAGAUUUUCCGGAGGAAUUUCUAAAGCAACAAAUGGUAGAGUUUCAUUUUUUCCAUUUGGAUGGGGUCCAAGAAUUUGCAUUGGACAAAACUUUUCCCUAAUGGAAGCAAAGAUGGCAUUGUCAAUGAUUUUGCAACAUUUUUCAUUUGAACUUUCCUCAACCUAUGCUCAUGCUCCAUCAACUGUGAUUACUCUUCAGCCACAAUAUGGUGCUCAUAUUAUUAUACGCAAAGUGGAAACAUAAAAACCUAAUCAUAGUAUGCUCUUAAGGUGUAAAUUUUAUCAUAUAGUAUUAUUGUCCAAAAACUUCAUAUUCUAUUAUAGUACUAUUGUCCAAAAACUUCAUAUUAUAAUUAAUAAGACGAGUCUCAUAGGUGCCUUCA